UACUCCACCCCUGAACUAACAGUCCAUGUGGGCGAUUCAGUCCUGAUGGAGUGUGUUUUCCAGAACAUGGAAGAGGAACAUGUGACCAAGGUGGAUUGGAUGUUCUCAUCAAAAAAGGAUGCCAAGGAUGAAUAUGUGCUGUACUACUAUGCCAACCUCAGUGUGCCUGUUGGGCGCUUCCAGAAUCGUGCAUGCUUGGUGGGGGACAUCUCACACAGUGAUGGUUCUCUCCUGAUUCAAGAUGUGAACGAGGCUGACCAAGGAACCUAUACCUGUGCAAUUCGCUUCCUAGGGAAGAGCCUGGUAUUCAAAAGAGAGGUGGUACUGCAUGUAAUACCAGAGGAACCCAAAGAGCUCAUUGUCCAGGUGGGUGAUUCAGCUCAGAUGAGAUGUGUUUUCCAGAGUACACAAGAGAAACACAUGACCAAGUUAGACUGGGAGUUCUCGUCAGGAGAACAUGCCAAGAAGGAGAUUGUGUUGCAGUAUUACUCCCAAAUCAAUGUACCUGUGGGGUACUUACAAAACCGAGGACGCUUCCAGAACCGUGUGAGCCUGGUGGGGGACAUUUCCCACAAUGAUGGCUCCAUAAUGCUGCAAGAAGUGAAGGAGUCUGAUGGAGGAAACUACACCUGCAGCAUCCACCUGGGGAACCUGGAGGUUAAGAAGACCAUUGCGCUGCAGGUGAUCCUGAAAGAGCGCAGAACAUUGGUGACCCCAGCGACACUUGCACCUGAUAUCCUCGGUGGUAAUCAGCUAGUGGUCAUUGUGGGCAUUAUCUGUGCCACCAUCCUGCUGCUUGCUGUUCUGAUACUGAUCAUGAAGAGGACCCACAGGAAUAAGAGUUCAGUGAAUUCUACAGCCCUGGUCAAAAACCUGGAGAACACAAAGAAAGCAAAUCCAGAGAAACAUGUUUACUCCUCAAUAAGUACAAAGGAGGUGACUGAGGAAGAAUUGACUGGACAAUCAGAGGCUACCUAUAUGACCAUGCACCCAGUUUGGCCUUCUGUGAGGUCAGCACAGAACAAACCACUUGGAAAAAAGUAACCUGAGGGAAUAUCAACCACAGAGCAAGCUUUUUGA